UCGGCGGGCAAAGGAGGAAGGAGGGAGGGAGCCGCGGGCGGCGGAAGGGGGAGGAGAGGACCCGGCCCAGUCAGUGCGCACGGGCCGGGCGCUAGAAGUGGGAAACGGAGCAGCGGCGCCCGGGCCGGAGCUGCGCUGCACCGGACGCCGAGAUGCUCCAGACCUUGUAUGACUACUUCUGGUGGGAACGACUAUGGCUGCCUGUGAACUUAACCUGGGCUGAUCUAGAAGACAAAGAUGGACGUGUCUAUGCCAAAGCCUCAGAUCUCUACAUCACACUGCCCCUGGCCCUGCUCUUUCUCAUCAUUCGAUACUUCUUUGAGCUUUAUGUGGCUACACCCCUGGCUGCCCUCCUCAAUGUUAAGGAGAAAACCCGACUGCAGGCACCUCCCAAUGCCACCUUGGAGCAUUUCUACCAGACCAGUGGCAAGCAGCCCAAGCAGGUGGAGGUAGACCUUUUGUCACGGCAGAGUGGGCUCUCUGGACGCCAGGUAGAACGCUGGUUCCGCCGCCGCCGCAACCAGGACAGGCCCAGUCUUCUCAAGAAGUUCCGAGAAGCCAGCUGGAGAUUCACGUUUUACCUAAUUGCCUUUGUUGCUGGCAUGGCUGUCACUGUGGAUAAACCCUGGUUCUAUGACCUGAGGAAAGUUUGGGAGGGAUAUCCCAUCCAGAGCAUCAUCCCUUCUCAGUAUUGGUACUACAUGAUUGAACUUUCCUUCUACUGGUCCCUGCUCUUCAGCAUUGCCUCUGAUGUCAAACGAAAGGAUUUUAAGGAGCAGAUCAUCCACCAUGUGGCCACCAUCAUUCUCCUCUGCUUCUCCUGGUUUGCCAAUUACGUCCGGGCAGGGACCCUCAUCCUGGCUCUUCACGACUCCUCUGACUACCUGCUGGAGUCUGCCAAGAUGUUUAACUACGCGGGAUGGAAGAACACCUGCAACAACAUCUUCAUUGUGUUCGCCAUCGUUUUCAUCAUCACUCGGCUGGUUAUCAUGCCUUUCUGGAUCUUACACUGCACGAUGAUAUACCCACUGGAGCUCUACCCUGCCUUCUUUGGCUAUUACUUCUUCAAUUUUAUGAUGGCAGUGCUACAGAUGCUCCAUAUCUUCUGGGCCUACUUCAUUCUGCGUAUGGCCCACAAGUUCAUAACUGGAAAGAAGAUAGAAGAUGAACGCAGUGACAGAGAAGAAACGGAAAGCUCAGAGGGGGAGGAGGCUGCAGCUGGGGCAGGAGCGAAGAGCCGGCUCCUAGCUAAUGGCCACCCCAUCCUCAAUAACAAUCAUCCUAAGAAUGACUGAACCAUUGUCCUAGCUGCCUCCCACAUCAAUACAUGAGGCCGAGCGAAGCUUCCCUUUAGGGGCAUUUGAGCUCUGGGGAGAAAGGAUAUGAGGCGUCUACAUUGACCUUCCAUUUCUUUUUUCACCCAGUUGCCUUUAAACCAGACUCUAAAUGGCCUAUCUCCAGGCAGAAAGGAGGCUUGGCGACACCCCGCUGAGACGGGAUGGUCGGUCGCAUUUCCCUCUCUACCUUCUAAGCUACUCUUUCUCUUGCUAACCCUUCUUCAGCUCUGAGGGUUGGAGUCAUAACUCACAUUCCUCAUUCCUAAGAAUUUGGAGCUAGCUGUUUGCCUUUGACUCCCUGACUUCAAGCCAGAGUUGUGCCUUACUGUCCCUUUUCUGGGCCUCAUUCUGCCAAAGCUGGACCAAGGUUCCACGUUUCUAAUCUUCCUAGCUCAGGCCAAAAAUGAAAGCUGAGCUACUUUUAACUUUCUUUUCCUAAAAUACAAGUCAAUGAAGUGAAGGAGGGUAUAUAUACAUGCCCCUCACCCUACCCCAGGGACCAUGGUUCCUAGGAUCUCACUGCCUUCCUCUCUGGCCUCCCUGGCCCCUCACUUCAGCUAUGACAGCUGGUGUGGAGCAGAAGGGCAACUAGUUCUGUUAUUUAUUGAACAUUUGGGGUUUCAGUUGUAAACCCACGACUACAGCUAGGACCUGACAUUUCGGCGAGGGACCAUUUCAGACCAAAAUGUACUGUUAAUUUUUUUUUUUAAUUAAAGUAUAUUAAAGGUUAAAUAAAACAUGACUGUGUCAGACUAUUAAGACUUGA